CACGCCCCCGAAGUUCCGACCUUCCCCAAAAAAAUUCAGCCAGGGCUACCUGGACUGAGCUAAUUCCCGUGUUCAGUAAGAGGAAGCAGAAAGGAGGAGCCGGGGGAGGGCGUCCCUCAGUGCCGGAAGGGGCCACGGUUGCCUAGGGGACGCCUACGACACCGCUAGGUCCUCUUCUGUCUCCUCUGAGACUAGGAGUUUUGGUUUUCCCGACCCUAUAGACCUGGGUGGAUGUAUCGCUCCGGCCCACGGGAAAGUCCUCUUAGGUGGAAUCGGACGGGACCCGAGAGCUGAGGAAAGGAUCCCUUGUGCCCCGACCAGAGACGCGGAAGAUUCCUGCCCCGCUCCCUGUGGUGAAUCGCGGCUGGUUUGUGAAAAUUUGAAUCAUCAUAAUGGGAUUGCUGGACAAGCUGUCAGGCUUACUUGGCCUGAAGAAGAAGGAAGUUCAUGUUCUGUGCCUUGGCCUAGAUAACAGUGGCAAAACAACCAUCAUUAACAAACUCAAACCUUCGAAUGCUCAAACUCAAGACAUAGUUCCAACAAUAGGAUUCAGUAUAGAGAAAUUUAAGACAUCCAGUUUGGCUUUCACAGUGUUUGAUAUGUCAGGUCAAGGAAGAUACAGAAACCUAUGGGAACAUUAUUACAAAGAAGGCCAGGCCAUUAUUUUUGUCAUUGAUAGUAGUGACAGACUAAGAAUGGUUGUAGCCAAAGAAGAACUUGAUAUUCUCUUGAAUCACCCAGAUAUUAAACACCGCCGAAUACCAAUUUUAUUCUUUGCUAACAAAAUGGAUCUUAGAGAUGCGGUAACAUCUGUAAAAGUGUCUCAGUUGCUGUCUUUAGAGAACAUCAAAGAUAAACCAUGGCAUAUUUGUGCUAGUGAUGCCAUUAAGGGAGAAGGGUUACAGGAAGGUGUAGACUGGCUACAAGAUCAGAUCCAAGCAGUGAAGACAUGAAAAGAUAAUGAUUAUAAGAGAUGAUAAUGUUCAUAAACUUCAACAGUUAUUUCAUUUAAAGGCAUGAUUUCUUAAAGCACCCUUUUUUUUAUUUUAGGCUUUGCCUGUGUGUAUAUUUAAGAAUUUCAGACAUUAUUCUGUUUGCCUUCAUGGACUCAAGAAGAAUAAGCUUUUUAUUUUUUAGCAAUAUAAUUUCUCAGGUAUGCUGAGGCCAUGAGUUAUAUUCAGACCAAAUCUUUUCCUAGCAGGGACACUAGAAUAAUAAGUCCACUAAAUGAAAUUUCUGCAUUCAAUUUCAAUCAUUUUUUGGCAUUAUAGUAUACUGAAAAGCAAAAUAUAUGCCAUCUCUAUAUCUUGACUCAAUCUUUUGAAAAAUAUUUUUUAUUUUAAAAGAUGUCUCAUUUUUGUAAUUUAGUGUAUGAUGAAACUUUAUGAAUUCUGUUUACAGAUGCUCAUAAGGGGUUCUGGUUAUUAGUAUUUAUUGUAUUUGUUACUAAGUAUAAUGUUAUGAUUAAUAAAAUAUGAAAUGAAUGUAUCAACUAAUGUGUUUGUUUAGAGUGAAAAGACCAAUGCUUUUUUUAAAGAUGGCACCAAAUAACACCUUGUAUAUUUUAUUGUCAUUUGAAACAGAAUUAAUAUUUAAAGGAAAAUAUGAUUUCUUUUAGUAUAAUAUAGGUCUUCCUUUGUCUAAUUAGGCAAUUUAAUUUCUGUUGAAGAUCAAAAAAUAUGAUUGAAAGUUAUUUUUUUCCUGUUACAGCUUUUAUGGUUGACUCUGCUUCAGGCUUUAGUUCUCACAUUAAGCUACCACAUUGCCACUUCUUUUCUCACAGAGCUUUGCCAUGAUAGACAAUGAUGAAUUCCAAAACCGUAUGCUUUAAGGAAAAUGUUGUAUACAUACACUGCAAAAUCAUUACAUUGUAGAUUUGAAGAGGCAUUCAAAACAUAGAAAUCAAAUGUACAAGUUCUCUUAUUUUGUCACUAAUUUCUCUUCAGGAAACACAUUGACCAAAGCCACCCAAAAACAGGCAGCCUUCACCUAGGAAAUUAUACUCUAUACACAGUAAACUGUCACUGAGGAAAUGUAUUUUUAAGGGGGAAAAUAAGGUUUUUUAAUAAGGAAAUGGCCUCGAGGCUGAGGACAUUUUUCUAAAGGAAUUAUUACAUGAAUGUUUAACCUUAUUAAGUGCCCUGAGUUUAGAAAAUGGAAAAACCAAGAAUGAGAAAAAAAAAUGUGUAAUAAAUAUAUCAUACAAUGCACUUUAAUAAUGAAAUAGCUUUCUUUGUCCACAGAGACUUUCAAUUAAAAUUAAAGACUUCAGUCUUUUCACUAGAGAAAGCAAAAGAGUUUUAAAAAUAUAACAAAACAAAAUUUUCCAAGAUGUGUUGACUUUUAUGUAGUGAUUUAAAAUAUUCAGACAACUUCAAAUGCAUUUCUAAUUUGAUCUUCACAAGCACUUUGUGAAGUAGGUGUUGUAUAGAUAUUAUCCCACUUUUACAGAUUAAAAACCAGAGGCUCAAAGAAAAAGACUUCAUGGCUACAGAGCUAGUAAUGUAGUCAGAAUUCAAACUCAGAUCUUACUGACUUCAGCAUGAGCCUUUUACCUAUUGUGCCAUACUACCUCACUUGUCCAGGCUUAAAUAUGCAUUAAAAAUAAUUAGAACCAAAAAAUUAAUGAUUUACUCUUGUAUCUUCAAAACUUUAUGGUCUACAUAUGUCUAGUUCUCCAUAUUUUCAUCUAAAAUUAUGGAAAAGCUACUGUCAAAAGUCCAAAGAUCCACCAGCCCUCUAAACCAAAAAAAUCAAUAAAUCUUUUCCAUAAAGGGCUAAAUAGUAUUUUAGGCCAUGCAGGUUGAGAGGCAAAAUCAAGUAUAUCAUAAAGAUAUUUAUAUAAUAGUCAAAAAACACAUUUUACAACUUUUAUUGAUGAAAUUUAAUAAUUUAUCAUAAUUUUAUUUUUAUUACAUAUGUAUGUUUAAAUAAUUGUUAUAAUAAAAAUAAAAUAAAAAUAUAAUAAUAUAUAAUUAUAGUAAAAUAAUUUCACAAUACAGAAUAAUAAGAAUUGAUUUGGGGGGAGGGUGAUAUUUCACUUAAUUGAGGUUGAAAGUUAGCAUUCCUUAUCAUCAAAUUUGAUUGUGAAUAUUCAUCUAUUAGUCUUGACCAGUAAUAAAAUCUUUUAUGUAUUUCACACAGAAAGGUAUUGCCAAAUACUGACAUCAUUCCAUGAGCAUAUAAUUUUAAUUAAUUUAAAAGGCAAAAAUGUCAAAUAAAUAACUUUGUCUUCUCUGGACAUAUUUCUUUGGCUGCUAUACUCAAAUAAUGUAAUUAACUUGCCAUUGGUGGACAAUUUUCUUUUCUUGACUAACAAAUAACCUACUUGGAAGUUUAUUUGUAGUCUCAUUUUCAUUUUUGUCAAGAAAUUCUGUUAUGAUUAGAUAUUCCAUUUUAAAUGUUCUCAUUAUAACAAAUUAUUUGUCUAGUAAUGAUGAUAUAUACUGUAUUCUUUUAGCUUAGCUGUCUUGUUAUUGCAUAAUAAACAAUGCUUUGGCAUCGACUUAUAUAACAAAAUAAUACAAACUCAACUCUG